CUGUUGCUGUUUGUUGCGCCCCAGCGGUUGCCUCAACAGUUCUUGGCCCAAAACGCGGUACGUGAGUGUGCAAGCAAACAAACAACAAAAAAAGUGGAGAAACAUAAACGUCGCGUCGCGUAUUUCGAACGUCGAUAAUCGUAACCCGAUUUGUUUUUGUGGUAUAUUUUUUUGUCGUUCUGCCAACACAACAACAAACAACUUACAACACAAAAAUAUUCAUAAUUAUUGCAAAUACCAAAAAGAAAAAAAGAAAAUAAUAAAUUGUGCAAAGUUCUGUUUAUCAAACAACAACAACAACAACAAAGAGAAAGUAAAUGCCGGCACAACAGUGCGUAUGAUGAAUAUGCGUAAUGUAACCGCAACUGCAGCAACAACAACAACAACGAAUGCAAAUAUCGAAAUAAAUUUCAACAUAAAUCGAUGUAGCCAAGUGUGAAAAUUUAUAUUAACGCUUUACAGUUCCGCUGCAAACAUAAAAACCGGAAAUAGCCAACAAUUGCAAUCAGCUGAAGCUACGAAAUAAACGACACACACGAGCCAAACUUUUCAAAAUUGUUUUGCCAACAAGCAGCAGCAGCAGCAGCAGGAGUAGCAAAAGCAGAAGCAGCAGUAGCUAUAAAUCUUAGCAUACCGCAGGGCGCACAGCAACUUUUGUGGCGCUUACGCUCUACGUAGUUCAAGUCUCGUCGAAUGCCACAAUGUGGCUUGAGCAAUUUGUGCAGCACCAACAACAACAACAACAACAACUACGAAAACAACAACUAGAACGAGAACGUUAACUGAAACUGCAACUGCAACUGAGAGCAACUGUAUCAACAGUGAGCGCACAAAACACUCGAGUAGAUCAUCGUGAAGGCAGCGUACAAAUUGUAUUCUCGCUUUAGGUGCUUAAAUAAAACAGAACCACCAAUGCAAGAUGAAUUCGGAGCACACAAUGCAGAUGCCAUCUGGGCCGCCGCCACCCUCGCAGAGAAGUACAUGCGGCGAGUUCAGCGGGGAGAGGGAGAGCUACGGGGCAGCGGGGAGUCUGGGAUAUGGCAGCAUCCCGACGUCGUCCGGCAGCAGUUACGCUUCUUUUGGCGUACUAUCCAGCAUAUCCAGCGGUCCAGGCGGGGUCCAGGGGGGGACGGUGACAGGGACAGGGACAUCAGCGCUGCCAUUGCUUAUGCCCGCGCCUCCUUCGACCAGCACAUUCAAGACGACAACGAUUACGAUGCCCGCAUCGAUGCCGAUUCCGAUGACGAUGCCGAUGCCAAUGCCGGUGCCGAUGCCAACAUCGGCGCCUUCCCCCCCGCACAUAUCGAUGCCGAUGUCGCUGUCGAUGCCAAUGCCGAUGUCGAUGCCGCUGCCAACAAUCACAAUGCCACCGACGGCGGGAUCAGCGGCGAUGACGACGACACCCACGACGCUGCCGACGCAGCUGCUGCCGAUGCCCACGCUGGAGGACAUUGAAGUGGCCACCCAGCAGCAACCACAGUCGCAAUCGCAAUCACAAUCGCAGCAACCACCACCACCACAGCAGCAGCAACAACAGCAACAACCGCCGCCAGCCGGUAUACUGAAGUAUCCAACAGGAACAGCGACUGUGGGCUAUGUGAGCGAACUGCUGCCACCGCCUGUGGUGGUGGCCACCAGUGCCAGCAGCUCCAUCAGCAGCAAUUGCGGCACACUCAAGAGCAACGCGAAGUUGUUGCCGCUGCAGCUGGUGGCCACAACAGCGGUGCCGCCGCCGCCACGCAAAGAGCAUCCGCCUCUGCCUCCAACAUCCAGUGGCAGCUCAUCGCAGUCCCAGCAGCAGCGUCAGCGCCAACGUCGCCAGGGCUGGUGCGCCUGCUUCGGCUCCGGGCCGAGUUCGUCCUCGUCAUCGGAGGGCAAGACACCGCCUGGCUAUGCCACCAAGUCCAAGAAACGCAAGCAAACGGCGCAGACUGUCUGGUCGGCGCUCCUCACAAAUCUUGGCAUCUGCAUGCUGCUCUUGGCAUACACAUUGCUCGGCUCCUUCAUAUUCCUAACCAUUGAGAACGAGGACUCGGCAUUGCUGCAUCAACAGCACACGCUGGCAUCCACAAAGCGCAACAGCAAUGGCAUCUAUCAGCAGCAACAAAGGUCGCCGGCACAACAUCAGCAACAGCAGCAGCAGCAGCAGCAACACCAGCACCAACCACAACAUCAUCAACAUGGACAACAACACACAGCAGACAACGAUACGGUGGCCGCUGCUGUUGCUGCCCAGGGUCAGGAUUUGGCACAUGGCAGCAAUGGCCCCAUCUAUGGGCCAUCGAAUGACUUUGUUUAUGGCAUAGAUGAGACAGAUCUUGAGGGAGCGGGUGGGCAACCGCAGUACGCGCUAUCGCCGGACACUUAUGAUGUACGACAGCGGACAAUUGAGAAUAUCUGGGACAUAACCGUAUCCCUCAAUAUACUCUACAAGGAGAACUGGACAAAAUUAGCCGCUCUUGAAAUUGCCAAGUUUCAAGACCAAUUAAUCAAGAGACUGAACGAGGAUGUUAUGCUGCAAUUAUCACACGACGAUGUCGCUGGCGGCCAUGCCGGACCCAACUCAGCAGCACCAGGCUCAUCAUCAUCAUCAUCCUCAUCGUCGUCGUCGUCGUCGUCAUCGUCGGGUAACAAUCCAGCCACGGAAGCUGUGCUGCUGCACACAAACUAUCAUCAUCAUCGCCUGGCCGGAGGCGGUGUGGGAGGCCCGCCACAUGAGUGGAAUUUCGCUAAAGCGUUUUUGUAUUCGCUGACCGUUUUGACCACAAUUGGUUACGGGAACAUUGCACCUCGCACAGCCCUCGGUCGGAUUGUGACAGUUGCGUACGCAUUCUUCGGCAUUCCGCUGACGCUCGUCUAUCUGAGCAGCACCGGGAGCAUCCUGGCGCGGGUGGCACGCGAGGUCUUCUCCAAGGCGCUGUGCUGCUGCCUGUGCUCGAACUGCGGCUACUGUUGCUACGACGAGAAGCGCAUGGCGGAGAAGGAGCGACGCAUGAAGCGCAAGCGACAGCAGGAGGAGCUCCGCAAGCAGCAGGCGGUGAUGCAGGAGCCAUACUACGUUCGGGAUGUUUACCAUGCCACGCCCGAGAAGCAACCGGGUGGCGGCGGCGGAGGUGGGACGUCGGUGGGUGUGUCGGGAGGGGGCAGCAAUGCAACGCCCACGGGCAUGGGAAUGCCGUCGGGUCCGCCGCCAGGUGGCGCUUCGGGCGCUGACAUUGAUUCGUUGAGUGCGAGCGAAUCGCGAGGUUCGAUGCAUGGCCUGAGUAUUUUGGCACCGAUUUUGCUCUGCUUCUCCAUGAUGAUCAUCUACAUUGUGUUUGGCGCCGCGGUUCUGUAUCGCUUGGAGAAUUGGCCGAUCAUCGAUGGGAUCUACUUUUGCUUCAUGAGCCUGUCGACGAUUGGCUUCGGCGACAUGUUGCCGGGACUGCGACGUGAAUCGAAUGCCACCACCUGGUUUUGCUCCGUUUACAUCAUGUCGGGCAUGACGCUGACGGCCAUGUGCUUCAAUGUCAUCCACGAGGAGAUCGUGCAUCGUAUUCGCAUUGUUGUCGAGUUCAAGAAGACGGGCGCAGCGAAUGGCAGCGGCGGUGCUUCGGGUUCCAUGAUGGAUCUGGCGCACGAGGAGGGCAAUCAGUAUUAUGUGCCUGCCUCCUGACACUAUGAGAAGCGUGGACAUCUCUAUCAGCGCAAUCCCACCGAAGAGACACUGGUGACAGAUACGCCCACUUCGCUGGUGCUGAAGGAUUAUGUAAACCAUGAGCUGGUGCCCAUACUAACCAUGGAUCCGAAUGCACGUCUAGCUCCCGUCUACACGCCCGCAGCGACAGCAAAUCCCGCAGAUUCGCAGCAGCUGAGCAGUCCGCUGCUCGAAGGACUCAGCACAACGCCAACGCAAUCUCAGGCGAAGGGCGGCGGCGGAGUUUAUACGUUGACCGAAGAGACGGAGCUGGAGCUGCAGGCGGUGCACACCGCAGAGACACAGGUGGAACGCGUCUAGAUACAGUAUUAAGCAGAGUAGUAUUAGGCUUAGUCCUUAGUCCUUAGACAAGUGUUUUUUUUUUUUUCCAGAACGCAAAGCAAAAAACCUUAGCAUAAGUUUGACUAUCAUUGUAUAUAUACUCUAUAUAGUAUAAAGAUCUAAAAGAAAUCAUUAUAUAUAUAAUACAAACUAGAUAAAAAGAGAUAGAGAGAGAUGGCGAAUGGUAGAGAGCGCAAAAGUGAAAGAGAUAGCGUUAACGUUAGAGCAAGAGCGGAAUACAUUUCCAUAGACAUUAAGCACAGCAACUAAAACAUUACCAAAAAUCUAGUCAAUGUAGUGAAACACAACACACACACAAACGAACAAACGAAACAGAGAAAUAAUAUAAAUGAUUAAGCAUAAACUAAACUGUUAUACUAAGUAUAUAUAGAGUAAGCUUAUGCGUCGUUUAUGCCAUGAACUUCAGUUCUCAAGCAGCUGUACAUUUUUCGCUUCGUUAAGUUGGCUGCUCCUGAAACCCUUAAAUUUCCCUUGAAACGUUUCUGCUAAACAUCGCAAAGAAUAAAGGCCAAAUCUGUUGGAUUUAACUGUUAUACAAAAUAAAGAGACCAACUGUUCUAUUCCAUGGUGAUGAUCAAAUGAAAUUUCAUAUAGUUCGCGCUAAUUUCUGUUUAACAUUUAAGUGGAGAUGGUUAAAACAAAAAAACAAACGAAACGUUUAUGCCAUGAAUUUUCAUGAACAGCUUGUACAAAGCGCACAUUCAUGAUAACAGUAAUACACACAUCAAUAUUUGUCCUGCGAACUCAAAACUGAAUGAAUAUAAAAAAAAAAAGAAAACACAAAAAACCAAGAAAGCGUUAAGUAAGCUCUUGCACUAAGUGUAUAAAGUAAGCCUAAGCGAAAAAUUUAACAUUUAUUUCACGCUAAGCAGCUGUAUAUUUCUGCUUCUCAUCUGCUGUGAAGUUCACACGUUUCUCACACUUCACACUUGAGUUCAUGGAGCUCGAGCAACUUUUCGAAUACCUUCGCCUUUCCGCAAAACAUUUUCUGCAAACUCCGCAAACAAUUUAAUCCAAAACGAAAAAGAAAGCAAACAAAAAUACUCAUUCAUUAAUUAAAUAAGUGCAUACACAGAAAUUAUAAUAGCGAAUCGAGCCCAGCCAUAACUACAAGAGUCAAACAAUUUACAUAUGCGAACGGCAUUGUUUUCAAAAUCGCCAAUUUCUGUUGCAUACUUUGCGGUGCAAUGAGAAAUCGGUUGCAUCCUAAAAGUAUGCUAUGCUUUUUUGAAAACAUUGCUGUGUUAUGCCCCUAGAGCAUCCGACAUUUUAUACGUAAAUCCAGCUUACAUAGUCAAUGUAUUGUACUAAUAAUAUUAAAUGAGAAAAACAAAAUUAAAAAAUAGAAAAUAUACAUAAAAACACAUAUGCUACUUACAUAUACAUAUAUACAUACACAUAUGUAUAUUUAAUAUAAAUAUAGAUAAUUGUUGUUUUUUUUUAUUGUAAUUGUACAACUAAACGGUAAACAAAUACGCAUAUUAUCAAUGAAUUUGAAUUCAUUCAAUUUAAAUAACGUUUAAUAUCGAAAAAAGUCGAAAACCAAAAGAAAAAAGAAACGAAAACCAAACCGAAACAAGCAAAUCAAAUGCAAAACUUUGUAAAUUGAAUGCAUGUUUAAAUGUACCCAACUUGUAAGUAUAUUUACGACAAGCAGCGAGAGAAAUACAUAAAUAAAAUUUAAAUAA